CCCUUUUCCGCUCGGAUUCUCGUCUUGUCGACCUGUUUGCUUUGUCUCCCAGCGACACACCUCCGGUCGAUCACAACACCACACCGCACCGCGUCACCUGACCAGGACCCGUUGUUUCCAGACUUGCCAUGUCAGCGUCGGGUCCGGAUUAUGAAGCAGACCCUCAAGAUCUUGGCCGCCCCCGGAAGAGGCUUCGCACCGCAAAUGACGUACCGCCUGAAGCAACCUCAUCCUCCUACACUGGCGUGCGAAGCACGAUUGAAGCGACCCCGAGCAACCCCCGCAGGGCGCCCAAGGCCAGCCGAGCAUGUGAUACGUGCAAGGCGAAAAAGGCGCGGUGCAGUGGCACCAUGCCCUGCACCCGCUGUGCCGAGAGAGGCCUGGCCUGCCUUUACGACGCGCGGUAUUCGCGCGGCCGUCCCCCUACUCCGCCGCCCGGCCCGUCUCCCACGCCCCCGCCUGUCCAUCAUACAGCCGUCCGGACGCCACUGGCAACCACUACCCAGCCCGUCCCACGCACCGAUGGGCUAAGUUCGGUCCCUGGCAGGUCUGCUGCCAGUCCAAGUCCAUCCACCGGCCGCUCGGUGGCAGCGGCUACCGGCAACUACAUGAUGCCCACACAACUACCGCCCAUUGCUCCUACAGACGCCUCCUCAGAUGAUCCGGGGCCGUCCGACAUCCCGCCUCCAUACUCUGCUGCUCUCGACCCUACAGCCUCCGAAUCCGUCACCAGGCGUGGGUCUCCCGAGCUCUACCCGGCCGAGAUUGGCGGCCAGUACGUCGAGCAGACAUCUGGGCUGGCCUUUCUGCACCGCGCCCACGUUCGCAUGAUCUCGAAAAGCGGGACGGCCGAGAGGGACGGUGCUGCUUUGGGGUCUACGAUGGGGACGUCGUCGGCAGAGGGUCUUUAUCCCAGUUAUGGCGUACAGGCCGGUUCCAGCUCCCAGCUUUUGAUAACUGCGGGUGACAAACCGAUCCUGGCAUCGUCCUCUUUGCCAGUCCAAGUGGUCUCGGGCCGGAGUGACGGAGACGGCGGUAACCUCCUCUUGCCGCAACGAGCCACCUCUCUUAUGGCCUUUUAUUUUGACAAGUGUGUGGUCACCUACCGCAUUCUGCACCGCCAAAGCGUAGAAGGGUGGCUGAGGGCUAUGGAACUGGAAUUGGGACAUGUGCCGCCUAGUGGUACUACAUCAUUUCCUGCCAUCGGCGGGGCAAAGGCGGCCGUCGUUCUUACUGUGUUGGCCAUAGCGAUUCAGAAGCGGGCGAGAAUGUCGCUGCAUGGGACUCCCGGACGGGACGGAAGUCGAGAUGAAGAUGAAGUCCUCCGGGACUGCGACCCUUAUUUUUCCAUGGCCCAAAGUCUCGUACAGGCAGAGACUGGACUGCCGAAACUCGAAUCUGCACAGGCUCGACUCCUCCAAGUUUUGUACCUCCUCCAAACCUCACGCGUCAACCAGGCCUGGUAUCUCCUCGGCACCGUAUCCCAGCUCAUCUCAGCCCUGGGACUACACCGGAAACCCAGCCGCAACAGCAGACCAGGACCGCAGCGCCUCCGUACAGACUACAUCCAGCAGCAGUGCGGCCGCCGGACCUUUUGGGUUCUCUACACCAUCGACGUCUACCUCAGCGUCGUCCUCGGCCGGCCGCGGUAUCUCCACGACGACAACAUCGACCAGGCAUAUCCCGACUCGGUCGCCGACGAGAACAUGACGCCCGACGGGGAGCGGAACAAGGGCAGGACGAGCAUGGACGAUAUUGGCUGUGACGACAGCCCCAUGGAGGCCGUGGUGCAGCACGCCAAGCUCGGGCGCAUCAUCGCCGCCACCUGCCGCGAGGUGUACGCCAUCGGGCCGACCCCGUCGCGGCGGGACCGCCUACGUCUGGCGCUGGGCUUCGACGUUCGGUUGCACGAGUGGCGCGCCGCCCUGCCGCCGCUUCUGGGAGCCGUGCGGCCCUCGAGCCUGGUGCCGAGCUUCCGCCGGCAGGCCGUCGCACUUCGGCUGGCCCACGCGCACGCCAUCAUGCACGCGACCCGGCCGUUCCUCCUGCUCAGCCGCGGCGGGGACGGGGCCGGGCGGACACCGGAACACGAGCAGCGGAGGGAGAUGGUGUCCAAGUGCUUGCGGGCGGCGGGGACGGUCCUGGAGCUGGUCGACUCGAUUGCGGGCGACGAGUCGCUGUUUCACGCCUUCUGGUGGAGCCACUAUGUCACAUUUUGCGCCAUCGCCGUCACCUUCGUCUGGGAGAUCCAGCAGGCUUCAGCCUCGGGCUCCAGGCCUGACGAGAUCAGCCCUGGACCGCUGGACCCCGGAGCCGCAGAGCAGCUGUUUGUGCUGGCAGAGAGGUGCCAUGCCCACCUGUCCCGUGUUCUUUUUGCCGACUCGUUUGGGCGCAGAUAUACCGUCAUACUAGAGGAGUUGAGGCUCGAGGCCAGACAUCAGUCAGCCAAAAGCACGCCCGCGGUGGCUGGCACGAAUGGAAAUGUGCCGGUGGUGAUGCAGGCGGAUUCCGUUCCGGGGGCUGAUGUCGACAACGUCAUGGUGAGCAGUGGUGACUAUAAUGCGGAUAGAGGUGGGGAGCAAGGUCUGGCUGGUGGCUUCAACGACUGGGCGCCGAUAGAUUGGCUUGAACUGGACGCUGCCGCCUUUCCGUAUCUUGACAUGCCUGUUCAAUGCUAGGGAAUCAGAUGUUUUAUCAAUUGCCAUUGGUUUCCUGGCAUCGUUUGGAAGCACUCCGAGAAUUUAUACCGCUUUCUAAAUGAUCCGGGGUAGCCUAACGCUGCGUUGAUGUGUCCAUAGUGUCACUGCACUAUCGGCUCACGUCCAUCUCACCGAUCGGCACAGCGAUACCGUUGAGCUGCAGACAAUUCUCACUCAACAGCCAUACAAUCGCCUCGGCCGCUUCUUCUGGCAGGAUGCAUCCGGCAUUUUGAGCUUGAGCCGCCACUUCCACUGGGUCUGCGUCGUCCGCACUAUCGGGCGAUAUACCGAUCGCCUUCAUCACCAUAGGGGUCCACACCCCGCCUGUCAAAGCAUGCCACCGUGUCAGCUCCGUUAAAUCAAGACGAAACGCGAACGUGAAAGCCAGUCUUUUUUUUUUAAAAAAAAAAAAAAAAAAAAAAAAAAAAGCAUCAAUCUCCACCUGCAGACCCUCCAACACAAACUCACCUGGCAGAACAGAGUUGAUUCUCAGACCGCGACCGGCAAGAUCCUUGGCGACGCACUGGGUGAAAUGAGCGCAUGCGGCCUUGCUCGCCGCGUAGGCCAAAAAGGUGGCGCUUGCCUUUGUCGCGGCGAGGCUGGAAACGUUGACGAUGGCCGGGUUGCUGCCCUCGUCCAUUUUCACCAUGGCCCUGACCUGGGCCCUGGUGCAAUACAUAACGCCGUCCGCGUUGACGCGGAAAACGCGGCGCCACUCAUCGUCGUCCAUCUCCAAGGUGCUAGGCUGCUCCCCGUCCGUGUGCCUGUAAGUCGCCGCAACACCCGCCACGUUUGCUGCGCCAUGGAGACCUCCGGAUUCUGCGACAAUGCGCUGCACCCAUUGGUCCACCUCUGCGCUGUUGCCGACGUCGACUUUAUCGAGAUAGAUUUUGGUGUUUUGGUUAAUGUCAUUCAGCUUUUUCCGCACUUUGUCGAAAAGUUCCGACUGGACGUCGGCGAUCCAAAUGGCGGCGGCGCCGUUGCGAGCCAAGAGCUGGGCCGUGGCCAGUCCAAUGCCCGAUGCCCCGCCUGUGAUGCUAAAUACCCUCCCGGUCAUAUCAAUGCCACUUUUUGACACCAUACUUGCGCCUGGUUCUGUUUGCCCGUGACUCGAUAAUUGCAGUACUUGAAAGUUGGGAGUGUGAUCGACGGUGGGGCUCAGUGCUGAGUUGUUAAGGCUGGUGCACAGGUUUCUGUGAGAACGACAAGCUCUGCCUUUUGUGUUCUAGUGGGCAAAUCCUUCGGUCAGGAUUAUAUUUCCUGUAUUCCAGACAAUCACGGAGUGCCCGGACACGCAACUAAAUAAUUCACAAAAACCAUAUGUGACCAGGAAUUCGGGUUUCAAAAGUCC